GAGGAGUGAGUAAAGAUCUCUUUCUGAGUCCAGCUGUGCUUCUCUCCUGCUGCUCCCUCUCAUAGCGCAGCGCUGCUCGAUCACUCAGGCUGUGCAAUGGAGAGAUGGGCGAUGCUGGCCGCGUGCGUGUUGCUGUGCUGCAGCUGCACUAUGGUUACUGCCAUCCAGAGGGCUGACAUGUUUCCUUACGGCACUUUAAAUGGAGAUUCGGUGUUGAGAGAGGGCGACGAUGAGACGUCCAAAGUGCUGUCCCUUCCCAGACCCUUGUACUUCUUCAGCUCCCCUUUCUCCCAGCUAUAUGUGGCCACCAAUGGCAUCAUAUCAGCCCAGGACUUGCCAAUGGAGAAGCAAUACGUUGAUGACGGAUUCCCCACAGACUUCCCUGUGGUGGCUCCAUUCCUGGCUGACAUUGACACAAGCGGAGGGCGAGGACAGAUUUACUACAGGGUGACUGAAAUACCCAGUGUGCUCAACAGAGUCGCACAGGAAGUACACCGGGGGUUCCCAGAUGCAAAUUUCACACCCACACACGCUGUAGUGGCAACGUGGGAAAAUGUCCCGGCAUACGAAGAACAAACUCGACCCCCUAGCCCUCCAAACAAGGUCAAUACGUUCCAGGCUGUUAUUGGUUAUGAUGAGACAGACUCAUAUGUCCUCUUCCUCUACCCUGAAGGCGGUUUGAACUUCUUUGGCACACUGCCUAAGGAGUCGUAUAAUGUUGAGAUAGAGCUUCCAGCAAGAGUUGGCUUCAGCAGAGGAGAAAUUCCAAAUAUAUUAACUUACCGAAAUGAAGGCCCUUACUACAGUGUCACCAGUAAUGAGCAGAGUGUUAAAAACCUGUACCAGUUUGGUAACAGUGGAAUUCCAGGCCUUUGGCUUUUCCACACUGGAAAACGUUAUUCCUUUGACAACAUUGUACCUGCAUCCAUUAAAGGUCCUGUUUCUACUCCACCAACUGUAGGAUAUGACUCCCAUAUGGGCACCACCACCCCAGACUAUGAUGAGUUUGAAGAAUAUGUGGAGAAUACGUUUGACCCUAAUACCCAAGAAAGAGAAGAUGAUUAUCCUUUAACAGGGAGGAACCCUGGAUUCCAGCCUGCACCUGCUGAUGGUGACCGAUCAAGUUUCCUUCUACCGCAAAACCAUUAUGGGAGCGACAAUAUACCAUUGACCUUUGAACCUGUGUAUGGUUUCGAGCCACCAGAGAGGCAGUAUGCUUCCCCUAAUCCUCCACAGACAGUCGCAGAGGGAGGUGCUCAGCAGCCCCAGGAACAGCAACCACAGCUGCCUCUGGAAGUGGUGAAUGUGCACACCCCACAUAGAAAUGCUCCGCCUCUUUCCCCUGGAGCACAUGUGGUCAGUGUGGAUGAAGAACAGGUUAAUUUUGACACAGGAGUGAUUCAAUAUACUACAGAGAAUAAGGAAACAUGUGCCAGAUUCCUGCAGCAGUGCUCCCAGAAUGCAUUUUGCACUGACUAUGCCACAGGCUUCUGCUGUCACUGCCAACCAGGCUUCUAUGGAAAUGGACGCCAGUGUCUGCCUGAUGGUGCCCCCCAGCGUGUUAGCGGUAAGGUGAGCGGUACUGUGUAUGUGGGAUCGACUCCAGUAUCGCUGAACAACAUUGAUCUCCAUGCCUACAUCGUGGUGGGAGACGGGAGGGCGUAUACUGCCAUCAGCAAGGUACCAGAACCAGUGGGCUGGGCACUGAUGCCAGUUGCACCCAUUGGAGAGCUAUUUGGAUGGCUGUUUGCUUUGGAGCUGCAGAAUAGCCAAGCGGGAUUCAAACUGACAGGUGCUGAGUUCAGUCGUCACGCAGAGGUUGUAUUUUACCCUGGCAACCAGCGCUUGUCAAUUAUUCAGACGGCCCGUGGCCUCGAUGACCACAACCACCUAACCGUGGGUACUGUAAUCAGCGGCAGUGUGCCCUUCCUUCCUCCUGGUGCUGAAGUUACCAUGGAGCCCUUCAAAGAGACUUACCAGUACUACCCCUCAGUUGCAACCACCACCUCUAUUAGAGAGUAUUCAGUGGUUACAGCAGACCGAGGGUCCGAGUCCUUCUCUUUCCAGCUGAAACAGAAUAUCACCUACCGUGACUGCCCACACAACAACCAAGCUGCCACCCCGGAGACUUUGCAGAUCCUUAUGGAGAGGGUGCUUGUCAUGUUCGUGAAGGAGGAGCGGAUCCUGAGAUACGCCAUCACCAACAAAAUCAGCCCAGUUAGAGCUCCAGGCCCUGAGCUGCACAACCCUUGCUAUGCCGGGACCCAUGACUGUGACACCACAGCCCAGUGCAUCCCGUUAGAGGACCUGGCUUUCCAGUGCCAGUGCGCUACUGGUUAUACAGGAGAUGGGCACAACUGUUACGACAUAGAUGAGUGCGCUGAGGGUUUGGGCACAUGUGGGGAUAAUUCUGAGUGUGUGAACCUGCCUGGGAGUCACCGCUGUCACUGCCAGAGGGGCUACGAAUUUGGCUACGAUGGGCGUACCUGUGCUGAUAUAGAUGAGUGCAGCUCUUCUCCAUGUCACAUCAAUGCCAGAUGUAUUAAUGGACUGGGAUCUUUCCAGUGUCAGUGUCAGCUGGGGUUUUUUGGGAAUGGUUUCUACUGCUCUCAGCAGGAAGAUCGACCGGAGCGUCUUAAAACUCGCUGUGAGCACCACAGAGACAGCGUAAAGACCACCAGUGCUGAUGGAUAUCCUAUAACUGGAGUCUACAAACCACAGUGUGAUGCAGAAGGACAGUAUCUACCUCAGCAGUGCCAUGGCUCCACUGGCUAUUGUUGGUGUGUGGACAGUAGAGGAGAUGAGAGAGCAGGAACCAGGACUCCACCUGGUGCAGCACCUGUAGACUGUGACAGACCAGUUGCAGUGACUCCAACAGAACGCCCUGAGAGCAUGUGUGAGCGAUGGAGAGCCAGUUUGAUAGAGCACUAUGGUGGGAAACCUGGCCCACAGCAGUAUGUACCUCAGUGUGAGCCAGAUGGAGAGUUCAGUCCAGUCCAGUGUUACGGGGAGACCAACUACUGUUGGUGUGUGGACCAGAAUGGACGCAUGGUUCCCGGAACCAAAUCAGAUGAUGCUGUCAAACCUGCAUGCAUCUCGUCAGUGCCACCGCCUACGGUGCGUCCAACAUCCCGUCCAGAUGUCACCCCUCCCAUAAACACUGGCAUCACACUGCUGUACGCUCAGGGCCAGAAAAUAGGAGCGCUGCCUCUCAACGGGACCAGACUAGACGAAAGCCGAUCCAAAACACUAUUGGCUCUACAUGGUUCCAUAGUUGUUGGUAUAGCCUAUGACUGCAAGGAAAACCAAGUCUAUUGGACAGAUUUGUCUGCGAGAUCAAUCAACAGAGCUUCAAUGGUGUCUGGUGCUGAGCCUGAGGUUCUCAUUAACACAAAUCUCGUCAGUCCAGAAGGUUUGGCAGUGGAUGUCAAACGCCGGCUGAUGUUCUGGGUUGACUCUACUCCUGAUGUGAUUGAAAGAGCCAACUUGGACGGCAGUGGGAGGAGGACCCUGUUUGACACAGACUUGGUGAACCCCCGUGCAAUCAUAGUGGUUUCUUCCACCGGUACUCUGUAUUGGACAGACUGGAACAGAGAGGCCCCUAAGAUCGAGAGCUCAUCAGUGGAUGGUCAAAACCGCCAGGUGAUAGUGUCUGAUGGGAUUGGUUUGCCAAAUGCUCUAACAUAUGACUCUGCUACUGAACAGAUCUGCUGGGCUGACGCAGGUACAAAGCGUCUAGAGUGUAUAUCCUCAGAUGGUUCAGGUCGAAGAGUAAUCCACGCCAACCUCAACUACCCAUUCAGCAUGGUCUACUACAGGAACCACUUCUAUUACACUGACUGGCGGAGGGAUGGUGUGAUUGCAGUGAACAAACACAGAAGUCUGUUCACUGAUGAGUACUUGCCUGAGCAGCGCUCUCAUUUGUAUGGCAUCACCGUAGCAACGACCCACUGCCUACCAGGGAGCCACUAACGACAGCCUGCACCCGCAGUGUGCUUUGGUGCUAAAGUUCUAAGGCGAUUCAUGGACAUAAGGCAGGUCCAGGCCCUCUGGUGUCCCUCUGGAAAAAGGACACUCAGCAGGGAGCAAAGAUGGCUUACGACAGCCAGAUCAGCAAUCAGAGCAAAUUUACACCCACUUCAACCCCAGUAUCUCACCUUAAUGUAACCCAAAGUAAAUGAUUUGUAAAUUUGUUUUAUACCUCAUUUUUAGUUUUUUUCUACUGUAUUUUUGUAUUGCUUGAGAUUUUUGUUUUUCUGUUGAAUAAAGGUGCAGAACAAUGAAAUCAGA